UAAACCAAAAUUUAAGAGAUCUAAAAAAUUUCCACCAAAAUAAAAUUAAUUUUAGAGAGAGAAAAUCAAGAGAGAGAAAGUAUAAAAGGAAGAAGAAUCUCGUGCUCUUUGCUCAGAAGUUUCAUCUUUUUUGCACAUAAUCUGAUUGAUUUGCUAGGGUUUUGAAUUAGGGUUUUUCGACGAAGCAGUUUGUGAGUGGUUAAAUCAUUAAUUAAACAAUGAACGAUCAGUCUCAAAUGAUGAAUCAGCAUCAGAUGAUGAAUCAAUCGCAAAUGGUGAAUCAGCAGAUGCCGGCGCCGCCGCAGAAUCAAGCUCAGAUGGUUAGCCAAGCUCAAAUGGCGGCGAAUCAGCCGAAGAUGAUGGUUAGUCAAGCUCAAAUGGCGGCGAAUCAGCCGAGUAUGAUGGCGAGUCAAGCUCAAAUGGCGGCGAAUCAGCCGAGUAUGAUGGUUGGUCAGAACUACGGUCAGUGGUCAAUGCCUCCGCCUCAAAUGAAUGCUAUGAAAUUUGCCAAUCCUAUGAAUCAAAUGUAUGCUGGAAUUGCGAAACCUGGACGUAGUAAUAACAAUAACAACAACAAUAAUAAUUGGAAAGGAAAGAAACCUAUGGAUAAGAGGAAAGAUGGUAGGAGGAAGGAUAAUAACAAGGCAUUGCCUGGUGGCGGUAUUGGCGGUGUUGGUGGUUUGCCUUCGAUAGGGCCCGGUGGCGGUCUGAGCUAUCAGCCGCCUACUCUUUAUGAACUUGAACAGCAGAAUAGACUUAAGGCUAGGAGGUUUUACCACCCUAAGAAGAAGUUUAAUAGGAUGGGACCUUAUGCUCAUGCUCCGAGGAAUACUACUUCGUAUAUAAUUCGAGCUAAGAAGUCCGGUGGGAUUGCUUCGUUGGUUUCUCCUUGCCCUGUGACACCUGCGGUGUUGCCUACACCUGUUUUCUCGCCCUCGAGGGAGGCUUUGGUUGAUAUGGCUAAGGAGGAGUGGGGUGUUGAUGGCUAUGGGUCGAUGAAGGGUUUGAUUAGGCUUAGAUCUCCGGGACAUGAUGAGGCAGUUGAUGAUUAUGAUGAAGAGGAUGAUGGGGGGUCGAGUGAGAGUGAUGUUGAGGAGCAUGUGGAGGUUGAGAGAAGGUUAGACCAUGAUUUAAGUCGGUUUGAGAUGAUAUACCCUAACAGCGGUGCUGAUUACCAUAACGUGCUGGAGAAUAGAGUUGAUGAUCAGGAUACCCAUAUCGCGCAACUGGAGGAAGAGAAUUUGAUUCUUAAGGAGAGGCUGUACUUGAUGGAGAGGGAGCUUGGAGAGCUGAGGAGGAGGUUGUUGUGUCUUGAGAGGCAGAAUCAAGUUGUGGAAGAUAUAAAUGAAGAAGUUGUGGAAAAUGUGUCUGAAAACGAUAGUGAAGGACUGAGGAAUCUUCCCUUUGUUGUUAAUAAGCACAAUGAGGAGGUUGAUUCUUUGCCUGGAAAUAGGGUUAUAGAUAGUGAGGCAAGGAGGGAAGACAGUGGUGAAACGCUGCACAAAGAACUCAAGGAGCUUGCUGUGAAAGAGGUCUAUGAUGAUGAAGUCAUGAGAAGUCAUGGAACCAGUGUUGGAUUGGAGGAGUAUAUGCAGGAUAAUGGAUUGACUAAUGAUGGGCUCGGGUAUAGAUUGAUGGUAGACAAUCGGGAUAAAGAGCAUAGUGAAGAGCUGCCUAAAGAUUUCGGAAAAGGACCAAUUGAACACCUAGAGCCUGAGAAUAAUAAGGAUAUUAGCUCAUCUGUUGGAAAUGAAGAGGACAACAUUAAUGUUGCUGUGAAAAAACCUAUUGGAGAUGCCUACAUGGGAGAAACUUUGGCAGAGAGAGAUGUGAAGGACAGAACUGAGGUCAACUUGAAGCAAGAUGAGGCCGUGGUAGGUGGAACGGAGGCAGUCGAGAGCGAUUUUGUGAUGGUUAAUGAAUCUGCUGGAGAUGUCUGCAUGGGUGAUGCUUUAGUGAUAGACAGGGAAGUCAAGAAUGUUGAAUCUACUGAUUGAAGGUUGUGGAGUUGAAAGCUUAGAGAAGAGCAUUGGCGACGGUGACUAUUCAAGUUGUCCCGCGUUAAUGUAAGUUCUCUGAUUAGAACUACCAAUUGCAGGAAGAAGAAAAAGUUUUUAACUCCUGUACAUAGUACUUUGAUCUCUGGAUAUUCUGCGUUUCUUCUUGUUUUUUGCCUUUGUAGGGAUGUUCUAGGAGUCUAGUUUAAAAUGCAUAUGACUAGAUUAAUAUUAAUUUCGGUUGACGUAGUGUCAGUGGGUAAAUAGUUAGGUCGGAAGGAGGGGAAGUUGUAACCUUCCAUUUAAAAAUGGAUGUAAGUCAUGUACCAGCCUUUUCUGGCUUAAUGCAAUUAAAACCUUGGUGUCUGAUAUAGUCUUUUUAUUGAAUCAUGUAUGUUUUUAAGAUACUCUUCAACUUACCAUUGGAGAGCAAACUCAUUCUGUAAGUUUAAUAAUUCUCAAGAUGGUCUAUGUUUUAAUUC